AUAAAUAAAUAUGUAACCCAAUUCUGACCAGUCUGUUUUUAAAAUACACCCCCAAAAAUUCUGAAACGUGAAGAAUUUCAGCGCAGUUCAGGUGACAGAUAUCGGCGAUUUUUUGCGUUCAGCGAUGCGCUGGCGAUUGCACUGACUUGCCAAAACGGUGCGCCACAAAGAAAUAAAAAACAAUGGAAAUGCCGACAGUGCCCGUUCAUCCGUUAAGCAGCGAUCCAACUGCCGCGUGGAAGGACAUCAGCAAGACGCAGCGCGUCAUCAAGGUGACAAUGAAGCCUCCAACGAAUGCGGUGGCGGCCAACAAGGCGCGCGUGGUCUGUAUGUCCGACACGCACUCCCUGACGCCGUACAUCAAAUUCGAUGUGCCCGAUGGUGACAUCUUCAUCCACGCAGGGGACUUCACCAAGUGCGGCCAGCUGGAAGAGGUGGAGGAGUUCAACACGUGGAUCGGGGCCCUGCCGCAUCGGCACAAGAUCGUGAUUGCUGGCAAUCACGAGCUUAGCUUCGACCGAACGUUCACGCAUCCUUUUCAGAACAACGCCAAGGGACACUCGAGCACCAAGCACACGGGCAUGUCCAUCUUGGACGACCUGCCGACCCUGGGCAAUGCCAAGGAGAGCAUGGAGAGCGCCGUUCAGACGCAGAAUAUCCGAGAGGUUCUCACCAAUUGCACGUACUUGGAGGACGAGCUGCUGGAGUUGUGGGGCGUCCGCAUCUACGGCUCGCCCUGGCAGCCAGAGUUUUGUCGCUGGGCCUUCAAUGUGCCGCGCGGUGCCGCCUGUCUGGAGAAGUGGAACCAAGUGCCUGCGGGCGUCGAUAUACUCGUCACCCAUACGCCACCAGUGGGCCAUGGCGAUCUGUGCUGCUCCGGCGUGCGGGCCGGCUGCGUGGAGCUACUCUCCACGGUCCAGCAGCGGGUGAAGCCCAAGUACCAUGUGUUCGGCCAUGUCCACGAGGGCUAUGGCAUCACCAGCGACGGGCGGAUCAUAUAUGUGAAUGCCUCUACAUGCGACAUAAAUUAUUUACCCAACAAUCCCCCCAUUGUGUUCGAUGUGACGCUCCCACCUGGCAUCAGCAAGGAUUAGUCCAAGUCCUAGUACCAGCCAUGAUAUUAUUUACAUAUAUUUUUAAGUUUUUGAAAAUGAUUUUGAAACCGAUAAAUGCUCAUUAAAAUCCGAGUUUAAAACCGA